CUAGGAUGGUUGAUCAUGGAAAAGGAUCCCAGACGACUGCUCUGGCAGGGACUAUGGGCUACAUGGAUCCUGAAUGUAUCCUUACAGGUCAAUCUAGUAAGAAGUCAGAUAUAUACAGCUUUGGAAUUGUAUCAUUGGAAUUAGCAUGUGGAAGAAAACCCAUAGAUCACAAUGCAACAGAAGGUAAGCUCCUUGAAGCAGUUGACUCGAAACUAUCUACAAAUUUUGAUGAGCAGGAAAUAGAACAAUUGAUGACUGUGGGACUUUGGUGUGCUCACCCAGAUCCCAAUAUCCGGCCUUCAAUCAAGCGAGCGAUUCAUGUCCUGAAUUUUGAAGCUCCUUUGCCCGAUCUGUUGGGUUUCCCUCCUUUGUGGGACUCAUCAAUUUGCUAA